GGGCCUGGCCCUCAGAGUCCAGAGGUAAUCAAAUUCUUAUAUUUGGCGUCAAUGAUGUCGAGGACGAUCUGGUCUGGCAUGCACUGUUGGUGGUCGCCGUCGAACUCCACGGAAGACGAGGAAAGGAGAGAGAGUUGCUGAAGAACUGAACAGGGAAUGCGGAGGGCAGAUUGAGACGUGGAGGAGGGCCGAGGGACGAGGGCGGUGACGAUGUAGGGAGGCAGAGGCGAUUCGAUUGCGACGUGCAGGCUUCGGCGGUGGGGGUGUGGGUGGGGGUGGGGGUGGAGGUGCGAGCCUUCUUCUUUUUCUUCUUCUUCUCCUUCUUCAUGCUGCGAGCUGGCCUGGGCGGCAGGAGGUUGAUUUUGCGAGAGAGAGCUGCGGAUUGGAUUGAAUUUCUGUUGGGCCCUGUUCCGGGUCGGGGAUCGUCUUUCGCUAUCGUCGGUGCAUGAGGGCACGAGGGGAGCCAGGCGCCUGAACAGGAAAUCGGCGUGGCUGCGGUUGUCAUUCAGGAAAUGCAGGUCAAAGAAGUUUCCUUACAUAAAUUAGCAUACGCCCUUGCUGCGGCUUGGAGGAAAAGAAAGUUUGCUCAAUGGAACCAAUGAAGAUGUGUUCUCAUCUACACGAUAAGACCCCCCGAAAGAAGCAGUCCUGAGAUGCACCGCAGCAAGUCCUUGAGUAACGGAGAGCUUUCACCUGGGCUCUUUGACCGGAGUAAUGCUUCCUGUUCUUGCUCCGUUAUUGUACUGUGCAUUGGUAUUUGCCGGAUGUGCUUUCUAUUAUAAACACAACUGCCGCAGGCGCAGGAGAGAAGAUUUUCCUUCUGAAAGUACUUGAUCACAGUAGAAACUUCUGUAACUGGAGUCGUAAUGCCUCUCAACCUGCAGAGAGGAAGAGGAGGAUAGACAGCCACCCAAAAGACGAAGAACUUCUGGCGUUUGGAAAACAGCGAUUUAAGCAUGUCGAGCCUUAUGGCUGUGGAGUCCUCUCGCGCACCAAAUGCAGAUUCUGAAGGGAGCAUUGAGAAUUUGUUCGAAAGCGGAUUAGAGUUGUCACCUUCUUCACCACGCUCUUUGUCGGAUACAGUCCCUUCUUACACCCUCGCCGGAAGCCAUCUACCCACUGUGAAUUCUCCCGCAAGGUUUCCACCCCCUCCAAACUCCUGUUUUCCCCAAACUUAUCAUCUCAAUAUGACUUUCUUUGAUGGCCAACCUGUUCCCAACCACUCUUCUUGUGAGCUUCCCUCCCCUGAACCUAGCGCCCCCUACGACCACUGGGCUGAAAGGAGUUCGUUGUCGGCCUACGGCUUGGACAACAGCUCAAAGUUUGUCUCACAUUGGCCUCUACCUUCUGCCAACUACAUCGACAACUCUAAUUAUGGUACCAAAACGUCAGAACCACAGUAUCCCACAUUAUCAAACUCAGUUGAAUAUCCUUCGACCAAGGCUACGAGUAAACCUUUCACCCCCAGAUUUUCGGCUUCAGCUCAAGAGUACCAUUCUGCUGUGUCACCCAGUGCAGCAGUACCAUCCACGUCGUUUGCUUCAGUAUCUUCUCCUUACUUUUCUUCCUUCUCUCCUCCGAACGUACCUUUCGACUUUCCCCACUUAUCGAGUCGAUUUUCUUUCAACCCUAAUGCGUCGGCAUUUUACCCGGGAAUGUACAACCAAACCACUUACGGCCCUUGCAGUGAAGACUUCUCGACCUAUAACGAGCCUACUUAUACAUCUCAGCUUGCUUCUACAAAUUUUCUUUCCAACUCUCAUCAGGGUGUGGACAGCUUCCAUGAUGCCUCCUCACGUCCUAUGCAUUCUCCAGAGACUGCUCCUCGCCCCAUAAGGUCCAAUUCACGUUCUUUUUUUUCUGGUGUCCAUUCCUUUAGUGGUUCUUCCGCCACUUUGUCCAAUUCGAUCGUUGAGCCUUCGAAUGUUUAUUCUUCCCGAACAGAUUACUGUGGGCUAGCAUGCUCAUCCGAUUGCUCGGGCAUAAGGGAAUCCUCUUGUGAUUUUGCACCAGUUUCUUCUCUGUCCUUCGAAAUGCAGGUUCCUCGAGCAUCUGUGUUCAAUCCAUACGACACCAAUGUCACAUUACCUCUUUCCGGUCAGCUGAAAGAUCCAGAAGUGGAAGAGGACGAUAUGAUGGAACGAAUUCUCAAAGAAUCCGGUAGUCUUCUCUAUCACCAGCAUAUCAGCCCGGAGGAAUGGCGCUGGAAUAUAUACGAGGCUCAGUACGAGUCUCUGGAUGUCCAAGGACUGGUCGAUCUUGCUGAUUGCUCUUCGAGGAGUUUUCGGCCAACUUACAACUACUUUCAGGGUGUGGACCGCAUUGGGCCAAGCUGUGUCAAUGAGGCUGUGGGUGGAGAUAGAAACUCUCUGUUUGCAUUAAGCAUCCUAGAGAGGUCUAAAUUACAGAAUCAGGCGGCAGGCCCUUCGUUGAAACUGGCAGCGUCGGCUCUGGCUGAAAUGCUUGCGUUCAAUUCAAGAAGUGCUGAGAGCUCCACUGGUCAAAGUAUUAUGGCCCAAUUUGCUUCUUUUCCCCGGGCUACACAAGGUGCUGAUGUAGCUUUUCCAAUAAUUGGUGGUUCAACUGAAGCUUUGCGAAGGCCUCAGUGCCAGGAAGUGUCUCCAGAUGAGUGCUGUUCUUCAAGUGGGUCGGUUGCGGUGUCCGUUGCCGUGCAGAAAGAGGCGAAUAAUACUUCUUCUCCUGGAGAGGGUACUGUGGAAGAUCCUGACGGUUGCCAUCCAUUUAGAGAACGCGGUAGUCUUGAUUUUGUGGAGAAUGUACCACUGUCUCAAUUUGAAAUCAACGGGGCACCCGCUGAUUCUGCCAAACCUGAUGCAUCAGGCCAAAGCCAGAAUUCCACUUCUGCUCGGCCCGUGACCAAGUGGGUAUAUCAUCCAGGUUCACUAUCGAGUCAAACCCGUGGACGCCGGAAAGAGGUCAAUGAGGCGUCUGGAGUUUCAUCACAGAACGCGGGCUCUACAGGAGCAAUCCCGGAGAGUAUCAAUACAGAGAACCCUAAUCCAUUAUUUACACAAUCUCUUGAUGUAUCUCCAAAUACAGACUCGGGGACAUCCAGGAGAGUAACCACACAACCAGUCGGUGCCGCAUCCUCAGAGGAUGAUGCUUCAAUUGCUGGUCCCUUCUGGGCUAUCGUGGGACCGAAUGAUCCAUGUACAUCUGGACCAUGUUAUGAUUUAUCCUCCAGCCGACUUGAAAGUCAGGUUCCUUUGGAGACCUGCCAGAACCUUCACUCAGCAAGAAAUUCCCUGUUGACUGUUGCUUCUCCACCUUUGUCUCAAGCUCAUGCAGAUCCGCCACCUGACCGAACAUCUCGACCAGUCGACGAAGUUACUGCAAAACUCCUCGCAAGCUUGAAUCGGUCGAGUCCGCAGCCUCCGAAUACAGGGAAAGUCAUGCCAACUCAGACGGGUUUCCAGUCACUUACGACCAGCAUUUCCAACCUGACGAAGGUCUUGCUCGCAACUCACUCAUCGGCUUCGCCAGAAUCAGAUUUGGUUGGGCUCCAAGAAUCACUCCAAACAGCCAUCCUAGGGCUCUCCGAAUGCCUUCUAAUUGAACAGGCGAAAAGCAUCACCGAGCAAUCAAGUGCGGCGGUUCGUGGUGGAUCACUCGCAGCUGAUUCUCCUAUCGCCGUAGAGGCAGCGGUGACUGGUGAAGUUCCAUUAGACAUAUUCAACCUCAUUUGCCAGGAUGAAGUUCAAGGCAACAGCGAUUGGGGUUACAUGAAGUCAGCAGAAGGUGUUCCGCUGGAGGAACCGACUCAGCUUGCCAACACUAUCUGCAGCGAAAUCAGCCCAGGCCUUGACGUUAUUUCAGAGGUUGUUGAUGACAACCCAAUAUUUCCGGAUGCCAAUGCGUUUCAAAAGACUGCUAUCUCGAAGGUGCAUGUUGAUGACUCCACCAAGCAUUUCAAUUUGGGUAGUUCUGCCAAUGUGGCCCAGAACAAUUGUACGAUGUCUGACCAGACGCAUCCUUCCGUCCAGAGGGCUGGUGACAAAGACAUUCUUGAAUUUUUGAGACAUCAAGAUCUGCUUAAUCUUCCAACAUUGAAGAAACUUCUUGGUGCAGAAGAGAGAGAGAAACAACUCAAAGUUCUUGUACAGGAUCUUAGGGAGCAGCUUGAAUUUGAAAGGGAAGAAAGUAAAGGUGCUGCUUUUCUAUAUGAAAAGAUUAUGCAAGAGGCAGACGUGCACACAUCAAAUUUGCUAGAGAGAUCGAGGACCCCAGUCAAGAGUAAAAUGGAAGUAGUCAACGCCGAUGCAGUGAGUUCUUCUAUCAACACGUCAAUUCUUCCUACAACUGCUCUCAAACCAGCGCAUCCAAAUUCAAGUGGGGCAAGAAGGGCUACUGCUGAUCACCUUGAGAAAGAAGACUAUACGGGCUCACGUCCUGAGUGUAUGCGCAAAUCCAUCUCGUAUGAUGGUAACGACCGGACCACCUUGAAAUGUCGUGAGAAAGGGAAAUGCGAUAGCAGGGAAUCAGAACCUAGGGAAGUAGUUGCUACAUGUAACCCAUCAGGCAAUAGAUCUUUGGACGGAGUGGAGGCUCGAUUGGCUGUCUUACGAGGACGGCCGUGUGGGGAACAGGACUUAGAUGCCCUUACUGAAGUAGACUCUUCUCCUUCUGACAAGCCUGGCCCAUCAAACUCGAACAGAUCCAGGGAGGAAGUAAUUGGAGAUACACCUCGUGGAGUGCAUGAUGAGCAGGUUACAUUUGCCCUGGCAAAUGUAACUCCAGCUCGUUUUUCUUCACAGAUGUUGCAGCAGUCUCUGUUUAAUAUGGAUGCCGCUUGGAGUAAGUGUUACGACCAUGCUGGAUCACAAUAUGAGGAUUUGGAUGCGGAUCCUCAUGCUAAGGUGGAAGAAGUAGACACGCGAAGUCACAGUUUGACUCAAACCCAUGACAGCAGCCUAGGUGUUGAGGCACGAGCGCUCUUGAUUAGAUCCAGAUCCAGUUGGGCAGCGAGUGAGAGAUUGGAAAACGGCGAUGAGAAUUUUGCUGGUAGUCAAGAUCACAGAUCUUCACGCCGAGAUAGUGCAUCAAGCUUUUCUAAGCUUGACGAGAGUCGCGUUGAGAACAUGGAUGAGACCUCGGUUAAAGGACCUCUGGAUUUGGAAAGUCCACAAUCAGUUGUGGCCCGAACCACCAGUUCCAGGUCUCAUAUUGAAAACGAUAUUGGUUGCAUGUUAGAAUCACUAAGCUCUGACACAGAAGCAGUUAAGAAUGUCAUUCAGUCUCAGGACUCCGAGGAAGAAGCAGGUUGGGAGCAUGUCCGAUUACCAAGGCAGAGAUCAAAAUGAGAUUCUGCCGUUGUGUUUUCUGGGAUGACAUCAAAAGUACGAGUUUUAAAGGGUGUCCGUCAUCCAUACGAUUAUUGUUAGUUCAUGGUUCCUAGGUGUGAUGGUGUUGCGGAUGUGCGUAAAUUCUUGCCUGUCGGCUCUGAAGCAGGAAUGCACUGUGUGAAGUUUUAUUGGUCAAUCUUGGAACUCUACUUAGUAGUAAAGACGGUACAGUUCUGCUUUGAGGCUAAGUGCGCUUGACGGAGUUCGUACCAACUGGUAGACUCCGGAAGCGUUGGUACGAUAUGUAUGUAUAUUCAUACUUUUGCUGUAAAUAAAAAUAUAGAUUUCCGUCUUCUUGCACUGAGUCCAUUGCAGGAAUGCCGGGACAACAUCUG